AGUGGCGUCCUUAAGUUGGCACUCUCAUUUUUUGAAAUUUCUACAAAAUGGCGGUGCUCGAAACUACUGUCACGUCCAAAACACGUGAAAACAUGAAAAAAUCACCGAAAAACGACAAAAAACAGGUAAAGAAAGUUUUAGUGGUUGCUCAGGAGCUGAAACUUGCACGAGUUUUGGCCGGGAAUAAUAAAACAGCGAGGGAUAGGGCUUUGAAGAGUCUGAAAAAAUGGUUCCAGAACAGAUCGAGCACAAUACCAUUCACAGAAGAUGACUUCCUGAGACUCUGGAAAGGGCUUUUCUACUCCAUGUGGAUGUCAGAUAAGCCUUUAAUCCAAGAGGAAUGUGCCGAAAAUAUCUCGAAUUUAGUCCACUCGUUGCCGUUGGAGUCGUCUUUGCUGUUUUACAAGUGCGGGAUGGCGCUUUUGAUGAACGAGUGGUUUGGAAUUGAUCAAUUGCGACUGGAUAAGUUUUUAAUGUUUGUGCGACGGCUAUUGAGACAAGUGUUAUUUGUUUUAAAAAACGAAAAUUGGUCAAGGGACUCAAUUAAAAAAUUCACGGAAAUUUUAUCAGAGACGAUUUUGGACCCUCAGAGACAGAAACCUCUGGGGUUGUUGUUACACUUUAUUGAAAUUUAUUUGGAAGAGUUGGCAAAGGUAUCAGAAGGCGAAUUGCCACCUCAUCACACGACAAAUUUAUUGACGCCUUUUAUCAAACAGUUAGCUUUUAGUGAUGACGCUCGUGUUAUUGAUCAUAUUAGAAAACACAUUUUUGUAUACUUAAUCCGACAGUCAGAUUUAGGGUUAGAAUAUGACGAAAAGUACAAAGCUUGGAAAAAUUUAGGUUUCCCUGGUUCAAUUGAUGCUAUGAAGAAAGUGGAACUUUCUGAGGAAAUGUCAGAUGAAGAGGAGGAGACACUACAGGAGGAAAAAGUGAGAGUGUAUGAUCCAAGAGCUGGGAGAGUUGAUGUUGAACUCCCUCAGAUAAAAUUCCAUUCAAAAGCGAUUGUGAAAGCUUUGUCUGCUUGCAAAUUUGAAAAAUCGACAAAUUCAAAGUCAAGAAAAUGUAUCACUGAAUUAUCAGAACAUUUUAAGAAAAUGGCGUCAGGCAUUUACCCCCUGGGUGUUAAAAAAGUAAAACUGGCGAAUAACGAUUAUGACACUAAUGUGAGAAAAGCCGUAAAUCGGUUGGUUAAGUUUGAGCAAAAAAUCACAGGCAAGAAAAAGCGAAAAAGGAAAAUCGAGAAUGGUGAUGAAAUUGAGUUGCGAGGCGGCAAAAAAAUUAAACUAGACACAGGUCUGGCGCAAAAAAUCCAAAACGAAUUUCCCACUGUGUUAAAGAAAAAACGUAAAAUUGAAGACAACUAUGACAGCCCGCCCCAAAAACAACCCAAGCAGGAGGCAGUAUUAGAAAUAGAAUCAAUUUUCAGAAGGAAUUCUGGAACUUGGUUGGUCACUAAGGCCAUUCAAAGACCCAAAAACCAGUGGAAGGAUCAAGCAAGCGCGGAUAAAGGUGAAAACAAACACGUGUUUGAAGCUAUUGACGAGGGAAUUAAGAAACCAUUAAAGGAAAAAAUUCUUUUUCCAAAAAAUCAGUGGGAUGUUUCGAAUGAUGAAAUGACAGUUGAGAACAGUUUCACCAGAGGUAGGUUUAAUUUGUCUUCUGAAUUGAUAAAAAAUCCCUUUUCGGUGUCUACUCCUAUUAAGAAAGUGAAGAUCAACACUAAAUUGAAUCGAUCACAGGACGUACAAGAGCACCAUUUUCAAAUUUUGAGUUCGCCAGGAAUUCCAUAUGAUGCAAACGCAAAACCGGCAAAACCUUUGUUAAAAGCCACAGGGAGAAGUCCUAUUAAUCCUUUUUAUUGUAAUUAGUGAAGUUUAUGUCACUUUAUUUAAUAAAAUUGGUUUAUAUUUGUACAGUGAAA